AUGGGAUUAGGUGUUGCUUUAUGGUUUUGUCCGAAACCAAACUCCCAAAUUCACGACAAGUUGACAACAUUGAGUAGUUCCAUCAACACGUUGUUUCCAGGACUGCCACCAAAGUUCGAGCCACAUAUCACAAUAACCACUAAUGUUAGUAUUAACUUAGAUGAUCCAUCCAAAACAAAGGAUGAUGUUGAUAAAGUGCUAUCUGCCUGCGCUGUGGCAUUACAAUCAUUACCCAAAAAUCAUACCAACCUAGUGACUAUAGGAAAUGUCAACAGCCAACGCAAAUAUUUUCAAAAACUAUACUUUGAAGUGGUGAAAGACCCUAAUUUGGUCUCGUUUGCCCAAAUAAUGAGAGAGGUAUUUGUCAUAGCUCCAGCUGAUAUCGAAGCAGAAAAUCAGAAACAAAAUCCUCAGUUGUACACCACUGAUAAUAAUGGAAAUAUGGUGAGGCGAAGACCUCUGAAGAAGCAUAGCAGAGAAUCGUCACAAAGCACAAUCAAGGAAUUUGACACUACUGAGAUUCGAAGAAGGGCUAGAUAUAAGGCGGCAGAGUGGGCAGAGAAAGAGUAUGACCCACAUAUAUCCUUGGUUUAUAGUAACAUUUGGCCCAUUGAUAAUGCAUUGUGGCUAACUAUCAAAACUAGAAUCAGUGACUAUCUCGGCAUUGAAGAUGUUGAUGCAGGAAACUUACACAAUCAUGGCCUUGGAUGGGAUAGUGGUGUUUUCAAAUUGGUGUUGUGUGAAGGUGAAGUCCAGGACUGGAUUGUUUUGGGAAGCGUUGACGUUUGA